AUGAUAUUUAAAAAUUUCUAUAACUUAUUGUUUUGCUUCUUUCUAUUAAUAAGUACUCAAGAGACCUCGGAAUAAUGCGUUUGCGGGCAUGUUCGUCUUUAAACCUAAUGUUAAAACUCAGGUGUAUGCAUUUGGUAGAAUGAGGUUUGCGUUUUACAUUUAGCGAGAACAUACAUGUAAAAGAAUUAAGGUGAAUUUACAUGCAAAAUUUAUGCUGAAGAAGAUUGUAGAUUAUAGAAGUAAUGUGGCUUUCAUUUGGGUUAAUGUGUUAGCUUCGUUGACUGUUUAGUAUUCAAAAAAGAUUAAUGUUACCAAUCUUCCUAUAGAUGCGUUUCUGAUGGCACAAAGUGUGUUGAAGUUUUUGAAUGUAAGGAUUUUAAAACAGAGGUAGGAUGUGCAUAUUAAAAUUAAAAAGGUGGGUACUGCUUUUGGGUUUAGGAUACUGUAAAAAUGUGCAGAGAUGUUGUUCUAUGCGAGGAACUGCCAAUUUAUUUAGAGAGUCAUAUUUUGUGUAAAUAAGCUCUAGCUGGUUGUACUGUAAACGAUUAAGGUUAUGGAUGUAUUAAAUAAAAAGAUGAAUGCACCUAAUACUUCAAUGAGUUUUAAUGCUUUGAAAUUUAUUAAAAAAGUUAAAAAUGCUUUUGGGAUUCAAAAAAUAGCAAAUGUAUUGAAAAAGUAUGCUAAAAUCUACCUUAUUCUUAAGAUUAUGAGUGUAAAUAAAUUUUAAGUGAAUGUACAUCAAAUGGCAUUCAUUGUGUAUAAAGAAAGUAAUGCAGUGAUGCCAAGAAUAAAGUUGGUUGUGUUACAGAUGCUUAGGGAAAUAAAUGUGAGUAUUAUAACAAUAAAUGUAAAAUCAAAGGAUGCGAUACAGCUUUGUCUUCUCUUAAAAGUUAUCAAUAAUGCUAAGAUUAUGACAAUUUGUUAGACUGUGUUACUAAUGCUAAUGGAGGGUGUAAAUAAAGACCUUAAACAUGCCAAGGUUAUGUGGAUGCAGCAGAUUGCUAUUCGAUUGAAAAAUAAGAUUGUGUAUGGUAUAACAAUAAAUGUGAAAAAAGAGCAUGUUAUCAUGCUCCACUUUAUUACACUCCUGCAGAUUGUAAGCAAUAUGGAAAUUGUAUGGCCAAAGCAGGUGGUGGGUGUUAAUAGAUGCCAGAUAUUUGUAAUGAGAAAUUAAAAGAAUAAUUUUGUGAAUUUAAUUAUACUAAUACAAAAUGUAUUUCGUUAGAAGGGAUAUGGACGUUGUUUGAAUGUAAAAAACUAAAAUUGCCAAAUUACAAGAAUCCUAAAAUUUGUUAAGAAGUAAGUUCAAAUUGUGCAAUUAAUCUAGAAAUUUUAGGCUGUAAAGACUAUUUAUGCAAACUUAUUUAAGAAAUUGAGUUUUGUUCUUUUAAUUCAUAAGAAACAGGCUAAACAAACAAUUAAGGAUGUGUAGAAAAAAAGUGCAUUAAUGCUCCAUCACAUUUUGAGAGUAACUCUUAAUGUGAGAAGUGGUUGCCAUAUUGCACAGUUAAUGUACAAGAAUUAUCAAAUUUAAAAUUAUUAUUUGGAUGUGUUGAUAAAAAGAAUGAAUGUCAAUUUGCCCUUGAAGAACAAUGCUAUUCUACAUUUUCAGGAACUAAUUGUAAAUGGGAUAAUGUAAGUAAAAUCUGCAUUGAUCAAAUUUGCACAGAUGCAAAUCCUAACAUAUACUAAACAAAUGAAGAUUGCAACUCUUAUAAAGUGUUGUAGGGUAGUUGUAUAUUAAGAUUCUCUGGUUCUGGAUGCUAACUAUGGCCAACGACGUGUAAUAAUUUGAUGAAUUAAUAAUAAUGUUAGUUAAAUCUUUAGGAUGGAACCCAUUGUUUUUGGACAGGUAGUUUAUGUAAAACGUUAGAGUGUUCAGAUGCUUCUGUAGAAAAUUAUACGAAUAAUAUUAAAUGCAAUUCUUGGAUUGACUAUUGCAUUUUUAAUCCUAUUUUAGGAGGAUGUAUGAAUAGGCCUAGUACUGCAGAUUGCCCAGCCUCUCCAAAUGAUGAAAUGUAUGACUCGCAUGUCGAAUGUUAAUCAUGGAAUCCUAAAUGCACAGUGAUUCCCUCUAUAAGUUUAUAAGGUUGUUAAUAAAAAAAAGCAAAUUGCUCUGAAUACAUCAGGCAAAGGAAUUGUAAAACUAAUUUGGCUGGCUAAAAUUGUUAUUGGGAUGAUUAUGAGCAAAAAUGUUAUCAAGAGAAUGAUGCUGGUGAUUGUAGCAAAAGACUUUAUGAUGAUAUAUCCCAUUAAAAUUGUGAGAACUUUCUAUAAAAAUGUACAAUAAAUUAAAUUAUUGCAUAAUGUGUAUCUCUUUCAACUUAGUGUGAUUAUAAAUUAUAAUAAAAUUGUGUAAUCACAAGAGAUUAGUAGCCCUGCAAAUGGGAUGUAAAAAAUAGAGUCUGUAAAGAUGUAAUGUGUAGCGAUAAUACAACUGCUAAAACUGAGGAGGAGUGCUUAAAAUUUAGACAAUUUAGUUAGUGUCAAUUAAAGAUUUAACCUAACGGGACUUAUGGAGAAGGGUGUGAGAUUAGACCAGUUCGAUGUGAUGAGGUUACACACCCUGUAAUAUGCAAAUUAACUCUAACAUCUUAAAACGAAAUAUGCUAUUUUUUUAAUUCUAGAUGUUAGGUUGUACAAUCUUAUUAAUGUGAAGCGAUUACAGAUAGUAAAAGCAAUGAAGAAUGUUAAUUAUACAAUCGAUACUGUGUUCUAUAAAUAAAAGGAUAAGGAUGCUACUCUAUUUACAGUUGUUCAGAUUUAUCUAGUAAGGUUUGUAAGGGUGCUAUAAUGAAAUACAAUUACAAGUGCAACUAUUAUGGAAGUUGUCAUUAGGAUAAUUAUUGCGGUGAUAAAACUCUCUUAAUCAGUGAUUGUGAUGGUAGAAAAACACCCUUAGGAUAAUUAUGUUAUUUUUAGAAAGAAUGUGAUUAAUAUUAUUGUACCAGAAAGUGUUUGUUAUAAACCGCUAAAUAGUACUUGCAAUUUCAGUCAUCUGCAACAUUUUUUGAUAGGAACAAGCAAUGUUUUGACUAUUCUUCAAAUUACAUCUAUGAUACUAGUUGUUAGUGCUGUUUAAGCAUGGAUAGUUGUAGCCAACAACUAGGAGGAUAAUAAUUAUGCAAUUCUUCAACUGUAAAUUCAGGUUCAAAUAAAAGAUGUGGAUAUAAUUUUAUGACAAAUUCUUGUCAGUAUAGAUAAUGCGAGCAUUUAAAAUUUAUAGAUUAUCCUAUUUUAACAGAUUAAAUUUGUUUUGAUUGGAAAUAUGAUUGUGUUCUUGGUACUUCUGGUUGUACCACUUUCUAUUAUUAUUGCAAUUUGGUUAAAUUAAUUUCUCAAUGUUACUAAAAUGGAUGCUAUUGGUAAGAUGGUAUGUGUGUAGAUUAUGUUUAAUGUUAGAUUAAUACAACUGCUGUUACAAAUCGUGAAUGCCUUUUAGUAAACGCUAAAUAUUGCAGAUUUAAUUAUACAAAAGGUGUAGGAUGUGCUUUUUUUAAUUGUAAUGAUAUCUAUUAUUCUUCUCUAUGUAAUUAAACAAGUCUUGUUGAUGGAUAACAUUGUUAAUGGAUAAAUAGUCGCUGUUAAUAUCGUCCUUGUUCACAAUAUACAGUAUAAUCUCAGUGUGAGAGUAGUUACGUCAAAAAUAACUACGGAAUCGUUAAAUGCUAUUGGUGUUAAGAUUAUGAUAUCAAAUGCUCCAAUUAUAAAUUUUGCAGUUUAAGUAAUAUGAUUUCGCCUAAAUCCCAUCAAGAUUGCAACGAUAACAAUAGCUUAUAAACAAUCGAAUUUUAUACAAGUGUGAUAUGCAUUAUAAAAUAAUAAUAAUGCUCAGAUUACUCCUACUAGGAGGCUUGUGUUAGCACAAUAAAUGGUGUAAGCUGUUAUUGGAGUGCUAAUCUUUGUAAUAAUAAAUGCGAAGCAGCAACUACUAAUCCUUCUACAAACUAAUAGUGCUAUGAUUGGGAUUCUGACUGUAUGUUAUAAACUACUUCCUAGUGCUAACUCUUAAGUUGCUCGUUAUUAAUAGUUUAGUCAGAUUGUAAUAUAUAUACUACAAAGUGUUUUUGGGAUGGUUCAAACUGCAAAACUAUUGGUGCUUGUAGUGAGUAUUCUACAAGUAUUUUAUGUUCUAAUAAUAAUAAUUCAAAAGGAAUUCCUUGCUUCUGGAAUGGUACCUCAUGCAUAGAAAAAACUUGUUAGAAUAUAUCUACUGUCCCAUCAACUAUCUUAGAUUGCAAUAAUUGGCUUGCUAAUUGUUAAUUAAAUACCAAUGGUAAUUCAUGUGUAGAAGAUUGCACUUCUGCUGAUGAUUUACAUAAAACACAUGAUUAAUGUGAAACUUACUAUUUUAACAAAAGCUGCACUGUCAAACCUGAUAUUAUUUAAUGUGUAGACCUCCCUAUUUCAUGUGGAUUGGCAACAUAGGAACAAUGUUAUUUGGAUAGAAGUGGUAACUCAUGCUACUAUUCAAUAUUAACACAAACCUGUUUACCUUUAACAUGUUCAAAUUUAGACACAAAUUUUAAAAGUCAUGAACAAUGUAACUAAAAAUUAAAAUUGUGUACAGUAAACACUACAUUGAACGGAUGUUAACAAUUAGAUAAUUGCAAUACUUAUUUGGUAAAAGAAUAAUGCUUUUUUGAUUAAAAUGAUAUCGAAUGUGAAUGGGACAUUAGUCAAAAUGUUUGUAUUAUUAAGGAAUGCUCAUCAGCCUAACUAAAAUAUUAUACAGCACAUGGUUGCCGUUAAUAUUUUGGGGAUUCGUGCACUGUAAAUAACAACUUAGAUGGAUGCGAAAUUGGUUAACCAGUUUGUUUGAAUUAUAAUUAUCAACAAUGUAUCAGUGAUGGAUAAAUAAACUUAAGUGGAGUAGAAUGUUUCUGGAAUGAAGGGAAGAGGAGUUGUUAAGAACGGAUAUGCACUAAUGGACCUUAAGAUGCCUCAUCUCAUUUUGAAUGUAGCGUUUUCUUAUCAUCUUGUCAGUUGGAAGGUUGUCAUAUAAAAGGAUGCUUUGAUUACUAUUAUGCUAUAGAUUCAGCCUGUUCAAAUAUGUUUGAAGAUAAAAGGUGUAUUUCAAAUGGUACUCGAUGUGUUAAAAGAAAGCAAUGCGAAAGCGUAACACUAGCUGAGGGCUGUACAUUUGAUAGUAAUUAAAAUCGCUGUGUUUGGAUUGAUGAAAAAUGCUAUACUAAAAGCUGCUAGACUGCGUAAGUUACAUUCACUAAAUAUGAGGAAUGCAAUUCAUAUUUGCCCCAUUGUACAGUUAAGUAAGAUGGGGGAUGCACUAGUAGGCAGAGUUGUUAGAAUUAUCAAAUUAAAGAAGCCUGCUAUAUGGAUUUUGAGAAUUUUGAAUGUAUUUGGGAUAGCAAUUUAAGUAAAUGUUUCUCCAGCCAAUGUGUUAAUUUCUGUGGAGAUGGCAUUGUUACAGGCAUGGAUGAAUAUUGUGAUGAUGGUAAUUACUUACCAUAUGAUGGUUGUUAUAAAUGUCAAGUUCAAUGCCCUUAAGGAUGCAAUAAAUGUAACGGCAAGUAGUGUUAAGAAUGUGAUAAGAAUGGAUGGUAUUUGGCUGAAGGGGUUUGUACUACAAAAUGCGGUGAUGGUUUUGCAGUAGGGAAUGAAUAAUGCGAUGACGGAAAUAAUUUAUAAUAUGAUGGUUGUUAUUAAUGUUCUUAUUAAUGUGACAAGAUGUGUGUCGAUUGUUUUCAAGGAACAUGUAUUUAAUGCUAAGUUGGAUUUGUAGAAGAUGUAUAUCAAUGUUAUAAUAUUUGCGGAGAUGGGUAAUUGGCAUAACAAUUAGAAUAAUGUGACGAUGGAAACUUGAAUAAUAAUGAUGGAUGCAGCGAGCUAUGUAAGGUUGAAAAGGAUUGGAAAUGCUCAAUAGAAAAUAAUAUUAGUGUUUGCAUCUAUGCAAUUCUACCUAAAAUUAUAUUGACCAAGCUAUCUAAAAGUGAUGCAAGUUCUCAAGAGUUCAAAUUAUCAUUUUCUGAACCUGUGUGUUUAAAUGAAAAAGGAAUUAGUGAAGAACAAUUUAUACAGUUGAUUGUUAUUGAGAUAAUAAAUGCCAAAUACGAUGAAUAUGAUAUUCAAAUCAAUUCAAUGACCUCCAUCAAAACUGAGUUGGCAGAUGUAGCCUAUAAAAUCUAAAUCAAUUUUAAAACAAAUGUUAAAAAUCCUGCUUUAAAAGUUAAAGUUAAUAGUGAUAAUAUAGUGAAUAGCUAAGGAAAUAUCUUAUUCUCAAAGGAAGCAAAAUUAGAAUUUAGGUCUCCCUACAAGAUUUCAGAUGAUUAAUUAUCGCUUAUGUCUAAGACUUCCAUGCUGAGUAGAAUUGUGCUGUAUUUCAUCGUAGUUAUAAGUGGUAUUUCCUUUUUAUGUGGGAAUUUAGAAAUUUUAUGGAAUCUUCUUGAUAUGCUGUAAUAAUUAUCAUAUAUAAAAUUUCACAAUAUUGAAUUCCCAUAAAACUUGGAAAGCUAUUUUGACAUCUUUACUAUUGGCUCGUUUACACCUAUUGUUGAUAGAUUGUAAAUUGAUCAGUCUCUAAGAGAUAUAUUUAAUUUCGAAAUUCCAGUUAUUUAAGCUAAAUGGAAGUUUGAAUAAUAUCAAAUUAAUUGUUAUUUUUUGUAAAACUUCUAAACACUUUUAAUGAUGUUAAUAAUGGGAUUUACAAAUUUUAUAGUUUCUUAUUUGUUAGUAAGAUUUCUUAUUUUAAUCAAGUAUGAAAAUUGGCCAGCAAUUUAUCAAAAAGCUUAUCUUUACCAUAUCGUUAAGGUUUUUUAUUUCCUUUAGAGUUUUGCAAGAAAAUAUUAUUAGUAUUUUAUUUUUUCUGGAUUCAUCAGAAUUUUUACAUCUAACUUUUAUGAAUUGACAUAUGCAUCUCUUUUGCAAUUGGUAAAUUUAAAUAUAGAAACCACUUUAAAUACAACUAUCUCUUUGGUAGCUCUUUUUACAUUUUUAUGCAAUAUCUUCCUAUUAAGCAUCUUUUUUUUUUAUUUAAACUCAAAGAAUGCCGUUGCUAGGAAUUUAUCUGUAUUGGUGGAGGGGAUUAAGAACUAACAAAAUUAAGGAGUUAAAUAAUAUUUUACAAUUAUGUUGAUAAAAAAGACUUUAUUCAUUAUAAAUUUAGUCAUGAUGUAAGGUCUUAUGGGGGCUUAAAGCUUAAUUACAGCCUUGUUAUCUGGAGUAUUCUCCUGCUAUUUCUGUAUCUUUAGACCUUUUAAGAACAACUUUGAGAAUAUCAAAAUAAUAAUAACCGAAGUCUUGAUUGCUCUGAAUGUUUCAAUUUUUUCUUUAUACGAAAUUCUGAAAUAAAAUCAAGACAAAGAAUCAGCUGAACGUUUAGGUUGGAUAAAUAUAGGUGGUUUCACAUUAAUACUUCUAACAACCUUAGCCAUUGAUAUAUACCAAUAAUUGUUAUAAUAUACUUAACAUGUGAUAGCUAAGAUCAAGAUUUGCCUAAAGAUCAAUCAAAGAAAACCAAAAAUUUCUAGAAUGCUAUUUAUUUGA